AUGUCUUUGACUGCGGUUCCCAAUGAUCCAAGGAAAUUCCCCAAGACCAAGAUGAUAGACAGCGUACAUCUUCAAGCUUUGAGAAUAUUUCCGAAGGAGAAGAUAGUCAAUGCUAUGUCUUCUCUUACUAGACUCUUACUUAAAAAGAAACAAGAAAGGGUUGCUACGUACCAAGCGAGGUCCGAAUCUACUGAAGUUGUGAGCCAUAUGGACCGUGCGCAAGUGGAUCUACAAUGA